AUCCAAAGGGCAUUUUCGUAAAAUCGAAGCUGGACGCACAGCACGGACUUUUUUGAUUCUUCGGGAUACACAAAAGGAGAGAACAAAGACAGGGGCAGAAGAGUCCAAUACGAAAAAAGCUGACAGGUAGGCAAAAGGUCAGCAUAUUUGGGAGGGAAUCAAUUUGUUUGUCAGAUUAAUUAAUCACCAUCUUAAUUAACCUUCUUUUCCUCCACUAAUCAUUCAUUGUUUAUCUUAAUUAUAUUUCCUAAUUUCAUUUUUUCAAAUUCCUAAUUCGGACUUUUGAUUCGAUGGAAACAACUCGGAUGAAACACCCACAACACACACUAAUUCUCUCUUUCUCUCUCACACUUUGAAAAAACAGAGGAGAGAGAGAGAGAGACUCCGGCGAGGGAAGAAAAUAUUUGCGGAGAAAUUUUGUUUCUCUCUCUACUUCUUCUUCUUCAUCUUCAUCCUUUCAAUUUACGGAAACGGAGGAUUAGAGGAGGAAUCGGUGUGAAUUUUAAUUGAACCAAUUGAUACGGCGGCGUUGGUAUUUUUUGAAGCGAAAUCGACGGCGGUUGAUUUGACGUUGGGGGAUGGCUGUUGCGACGCCGUUUCAUCCGGAUUCUUCUUCGUAUUGUUGUUCGUCUGUACUUUCGAUAUCUCACCGAUCUCGCAUUUCGAUUGGUCCUACUUUAAAUUAUUUAAAAAAUUAAGAGUGUUUUGUUGGCGGAGAGAUGGUGAUGAAAGGGGCAUGGUGGUGGGAGAAGUUCAGGAGGGGUGUAAGGACGGUUUAUUUCAUGGUGGCUAUGAUGUCGUCGCUGGUGGUGGUGUCGUUGCCGGUGGUGGUGGCGAUCGGCGACGCCGUGUUGCCUUGCUUGCUAAUUCCUAGCUUUGCGUGCGUCAAAUGCUACAGUUUUAGGGAGCAUUUGGAGAGAUACGCCUUCAGGAGCUCGCUUAUGGAUAUUCCUCUCGUUUCCAUUGUCAGAUCUCUCAUCAUCAUCUGUGUAUAUACGAUGUGUGACGGACCAGCACUGUCGCACGGGCCGUAUCUAGCAACUGUAACAAUAUCCUCCUUUGUUUCAAUUCUUCUUCUUUCCAUCAAGGCUUGUGUCUUCACUCCAAGUUCUCAACUCGAGGCUGAAACUUCUGUUUCUCUCUCACGGAAGAGGCUCCAUCUGAAGAAGUCCUUGGGAAUCCCUGUCUUGUUUCUCUCUUCUGUUGUCUUUGCUCUUGGGCACAUUAUUGUGGCUUAUCGAACAAGUUGCAAAGCUAGAAGGAAACUCAACUUUCACCGUGUUGACCCAGAAGCCGUUCUUUCUUGCAAAAUGGUUUUCUCUGGUUACCAGAAGGUUCCGAGAUCACCCACUCCAUGUGCAGGAAAAUCUUUCCGAAGUGACAGUCAAACGAGGAGAAAAGCACCCGGAUUGGCACAUGAUGAAGGGGACCUUCCAAUUAGUUUACUUGCUGAUAUAGACAGCCUAUUCUUUUCCUGUCAAGGGCUUACAGUUCAUUACAAGCUAAGCAUGCCAGGAUCACCAUCCCGUUCAUUGUCCUCCACUAUCCUAUUUGACCGACCAUCAUUAAACAUUCCAUUGAAAAGUCAAUAUACUAUUCACAGGAGCACAAGUAACCAAUUCUACAGCAGCUCUUCUCCACUCGAUACCCCACUCCUUGCGAGUUCUCCGACAUCCCCAAUAUCUGAAGAUAUGCCUAUUUUUAGCUUGAAUGAAACUUUUGAGGAGGAUGAACUUGGCAAAAUGGGGUCUUCAAUGAUGGAGCAAAAUGUGGAUGCAAAUGAACAAUUUGGAAUAGUUUUGGUCCAUGGCUUUGGGGGAGGAGUCUUCUCGUGGAGAAAGGUGAUGGGCGUUUUGGCCAGGCAAAUGGGCUGUGCAGUUGCUGCUUUUGACCGGCCUGGAUGGGGUUUGACAUCGAGGCCGCGGCGGAAGGAUUGGGAGGAGAAUCAGUUACCUAAUCCUUACGAGCUUGACAAUCAGGUAGACCUGCUUCUUUCGUUUUGCUUGGAGAUGAAAUUAUCUUCAGUUGUGCUUGUUGGCCACGAUGAUGGAGGACUGCUUGCCCUGAAGGCUGUUCAGAAACUUCAGUCAUCACCAAAUUCCAUGAAUCUUGAAAUUAAGGGUGUCGUAUUACUGAAUGUAAGUUUAUCGAGAGAAUUGGUACCUGCAUUUGCACGAAUACUGUUACGCACUUCUAUUGGGAAAAAGCACUUGGUGCGUCCUCUUCUUCGGACAGAAAUCACCCAAGUGGUGAAUCGGCGAGCCUGGUACAAUGCAACCAAACUAACCACUGAAGUCCUAAGCCUAUAUAAGGCCCCGUUACAUGUAGAAGGAUGGGAUGAGGCGCUCGAUGAAAUCGGAAAACUAUCCCAUGAAACAGUCUUAACCCCACAGAGCGCAGCCUUGAUGCUGACAGCCGUUGAAACAUUACCGGUUUUAGUUAUUGCAGGGGCUGAAGAUGUCCUUGUCCCUCUCAAAUCUGUUCAAACUUUGGCUUCUAAACUCGCGAAUUCUAGAAUGGUUGCAAUAUCUGGUUGUGGCCAUCUUCCACACGAGGAAUGUCCGAAGGCAUUGCUAGCGGCAAUAACGCCGUUCAUUAGUAGGCUUGUAUUAAGACCAUAAUCGCAGACGCAAUAGGGACUAUCGUAUUUUAUAUAGAUAGAGAGGUAUUAUUAUUCUAGUAGCACCCCCACCCCUUCUUCCUUGUAAAUUCUUCUCUCAAGAGGUUGAGCCCAAGUUCUGCUCUCCUUGUGGUGUGUGCUUUCGAUGUGUUAGUUUCGAAUUUCAUUUUCUUUUUUAUUUAUUAUUCUUCGUUUUGCAUUAUUCAUUUACGAGAUGUUUGUCGAUUUUCUGAAUUAUUUGUCCAAGUUUGUUUGGAACAGGGCAUUAUGAUCCAAUGUAAUGAGAUAUAGUAAAGCAACAAGGUUGCUUUUUUC